ACACACACACACACACACACACACACACACUGUACACAUUGUGAAGGGUUCCUGUUCCUGAGGGUCUGUAGAUCCAUUCAGAGAGGAGGUGAGGCUUAUGAGGUUAGGAGGAGAAGAGAUGAGAGAAAAGCCUUUUUAAUAGUUUGACUGAACAAAAAGAAAGGAGAAGAAGAAGAAGAAGAAGAAGAAGUGUCUCUUGGAGUGACAAACUGGAGGAAGAAGAGAAGAAAAGGAACAGAGCAGAGUGAGAGUUCAGAAAAGGAAAGAAGAAGAAAAAAGAGAAUUGCAAUGUGACUGUAAAGCUGAUUCAGAGGAGGCGAGGGGAUACAAAAAGAAGACAGGAUUCAUUUGAAACUUCUGUGUCAGAAAAGGAACAGCUGAUGUGACUUUGGGUUGAAAACAAGAAGGACGAGGAGUAGCAGAAUUGCAGAGAGAGUUUAUUAACACUUGAAGUGUGUUCGAGGAGCAGAUCUAAUCUUGAUGAUGGGCUGCUGUCUGUUUGUUUACUAUCGGAAGAAGAGGAAGCAGGCCAGCAGAGAUGCAGACUCCCUCAGUCUCUGCAGUCUGGACAUCAAUGAGCCCAGCACAAAGCGCAGCAAACUCGUAUCCAGGGUGACGUCUCUGCUGCAACCUGUCAAGACGGCACCGCUGAAGAGGAUUGGUCAGACGCUGCAGCGCUCCAUCAGUUUUCGUAAUGAGGGUCAGACAGAGAGAGCAGCUCCUCCACCUCCCCCCUCCUUUUCCUCUUCCUCCAUGAUGAAGACGCGUGUUCUCUCAGCAACACUCUCAAACCCGGGCUCAUCAAGCACAAUGACACGGGUUUCCACAGCAACGGUGCCAGCCGCCAAGCGCCGUGACAGCAAACUCUGGAGCGAGACCUUCGACGUGCGGCUAGGAACGAUGCAGACUCUGAGCCCGAAAGAGAUAAAACGACAAGAGGCUAUAUUCGAGUUGGCUCAGGGUGAGCAAGACUUGGUGGAGGAUCUCAAGUUGGCUAAGAAGGCUUACCAUGACCCCAUGCUGAAGCUGUCAAUCAUGACUGAGCAGGAACUGAACCACAUCUUUGGCACUCUGGAUUCUCUGAUACCCCUCCAUGAAGACCUGCUGAGUCGUCUCAGAAAUGCCAGAAAACCUGACGGGUCAACAGAACAUGUGGGACGCAUCCUGACUGACUGGCUGCCGUGUCUCUCCUCCUACACAUCGUACUGCAGUAACCAGGUGAAGGCCAAGACCUUGUUGGACCAGAAGAAGCAGGACCGGCGGGUCCAGGACUUCUUGCAGCGCUGUCUCCAGUCGCCUUUUAGCAGGAAGUUGGACCUCUGGAACUUCCUGGACAUCCCCCGCAGUCGACUGGUGAAAUACCCGCUGCUGCUCAGGGAGAUCGUGAAGCACACGGCCAACGACCACCCGGACCGGCAGCACCUGGACGAGGCGAUGCUGAUGGUUCAGAGCGUGGUGGGGGACAUCAACAGGCGGACGGGGGAGUCCGAGUGUCAGUACUACAAGGACCGCCUGUUGUACACAGAGGAGGGGCAGAGGGACGAGCUCAUCGACCGCUCCAGGACCCUCAGCUGCCACGGAGAGCUGAAGAACAACAGGGGACUCAAGCUCCACGUGUUUCUGUUCCAGGACGUCCUCGUCAUCACCAGGUCCAUCUCGCUGAACGAUUAUCCAGUCAGCUACCAGCUGUGCCGCCAGCCAAUACCCAUCCGGCAGCUGGACCUGGAGGACCUAUCAGACGGAGAGAUGCGAGUGGGCGGGUCCAUCAGAGGAGCCUUCAGCAACAACGAGAGAACAAAGAACUUCUUUCGGGUUUCCUACCGUGCCGGAGGUCAGCUGCAGAGCCACUGCUUCCAGGCCAGCGACACCUUCAACAAGCAGCAGUGGAUCAACUGCAUCAGACAAGCCAAAGAAGCUGCAGCGCUGACAGAAGACCAGCCCCCACAGACAGGACAAUGUGUGGAGACAGAGCCGAGUGGACAGACAGGGCUGCUGGGUGAGACAGGGCUGCUGGGUGAGAUGGGGCUGCUGGGUGAGACAGGGCUGCUGGGUGAGAUGGGGCUGCUAGGUGAGACAGGUGAGACAGGGCUGCUGGGUGUGACAGGUGAGACAGGGCUGCUGGGUGAGAUGGGGCUGCUGGGUGAGACAGGUGAAACAGGGCUGCUGGGUGAGACAGGGCUGCUGGGUGAGAUGGGGCUGCUGGGUGAGACAGGUGAGACAGGGCUGCUGGGUGAGAUGGGGCUGCUGGGUGAGACAGGUGAGACAGGGCUGCUGGGUGAGAUGGGGCUGCUGGGUGAGACAGGUGAGACAGGGCUGCUGGGUGUGACAGGGCUGCUGGGUGACACCGGUCCGAGUCUGGGGCAGGAAGAAGAAAAUUGUAUGUGGAGGGAGGGGGAAACAGGGCGGAGUUCUGAAGGAGAGGUAGGUCUUAUCGGAGAGACAGAUUCGGAGAAAGAGGAAGACGUGGGUUUGAGUCACGAGACAUUGAUGGGCAUGGGUGGGGGGAUGGAGACAGGUUUGUGUUUGAAUGAAGGGACUGUUUUGGAAUUAGAUGGAAAAACAAUGAAGGAUCUUGAGACAAGGCUGAAAGAGACGGGCGAGAUGGAGACAGGACAGGGAGUCGGUGAAGAGAUGGGAACCGGAGCAGACUGGAGGAUGGAUGGAGGAGGAGAGGUGCUGAGCCGAGGUCCUAAUAAUGUCCCCACCUUCCUUCUCUCCCCUGCUUCUCCCUGUGGAGAGGAGAAGGAGCGGGAGGUGAUGGAGGAGGAGUGUAGCAGCACUGAGGAGGGGGAGGAGGUGGACAUGGACACAGACCUGCAGGGCGAGGAGCUGGACCUCAGGUGCUGAUGUUAGACUCAAACGGGAGGAUGAUGCACUGAGGCACUGGCAGCCAAUCAAAUCGAUGAUGAUGUCACUAAAAACUCAAACAUCCCACAAUGCAAUGUGGGAGUGACGCCAAAAUGCAUAACAAUCACCAUGGUAGAUCUGGAACAAGAUAUACAAGUUUGUCUGCAUUUUCUAACAGCUGAAGGACUUCUACAGACGUGAAGGAAAAACUCAAAACUCAAGAGGUUCAUUGUUCCUUGCUGUCAGGAAGUGUCAGGUAGUUACAGCUCUGUGUGUCUGAAAGAUACAUAAUGCUGUUUAUUCACACUCAAAUAUGUGAAAUAAUGGUACACAUAUUGUGUGAAACAUAGUAUGCGAUUUCAGACGCAGCCCCAUUUAACUGUACUUAAUGCAAGGAUGUAUUAAGAGAAUUGCAUACCAUGUUAAAGGAUGCCAAAAAGGAUUUCCUCAUGCUUUUCUAUUUUUGGCUCACAGACCAACUUACCGCAGACUAACCAUGAUUUACUGAUACGGCUCUACAAGACUUUCUUUUUUAUCUGAUAAACGCUCAAAUGCUGAUAAUGCAAACACUUGUUUGGAGAGUUUGUAAUACCCAGAAAUUGUAUUUAUGUUAAUACUGUCUUGGAAAAAGUAUUUUUGUCAUGUGACCUGCCGUUCCAACUGUGGCCAUUACAUCAGAAAUCACGUU